UCGUUCAGUCGUUAUUUCGUAUCAUCGUGGACAUUCAGAAGCCAAAAUGAAGUCUAUUCUGGUGGUUUUUGUUUCGGCGGUCAUCAUAGGCCACAGUUCUGGUCACUAUUUGCCAUCUGAAUCUUGUGGAUGCAGUGGAUCUAAACUAUAUGUGUCCGAAUAUGCUGAUGAAUCGCAGCCGCAAUUAGAAAGAACUGAUACGAAAUAUAAGUUUGAUUUUAGCAUUGAAGAGCCAAAAAAGAGUGAAUCAAACCCUGAAUUAAAAUCGUAUAGUUACAACAUUGCAUCGCAAUCACGUGAUAGCAAACCGGUUGAGACGAAAUACAAAUUUGAUUAUACAAUUCAGGCACCAGCUAAUGAACAACGUACCAGUGAAUUAAAAGACGAACGAACUGCACAUCACAAACACGAAUGUCAAUGUCAACAAGGUAAACCAUGCUCCUGUGGAUAUAGCCCUGAACAAUGUGCAAUGCACUGUUCGUCGUCUUCAUCGCCAUCAUCACGAAAUCUAUACAGUUCCGGAUAUGUUCUUCCAGUUCGUUAUGAUAACGAUGGUGAUUACGUCGUUUAUGAAUUGCCACAAGAUGGUUCAGAACAACAAUAUGCGCAACGUAUUCGACGACAAGCAACUGCUGAUACAGUCAGUGGAAUGACAAAAUCAAUCACUGGUAUGAUUGAGAACAUUAAGAGUGCAAUUCAAAGUAGAUCAAGUGAUUCGAAUCUUCAAGGCGAUUUGAAGGAUCGCUUUACACAAUUCAAAACUCGAUUGCAAAGUCGUUCUAAUAACGAUGACGGUGAAAGCUCAGUAGGCUCGUCAUUAGGUUCAAUCGGUGCGGAAAAGUUUGAUUCACUCAAGAAAACAUUGAAAGAUGGAGCCGGUAAAGUUGCACAAAUAUUCAAGGAGGUUACAAGUAAAGUCAACACACGCAGACGACGUCAAAUUGCUUCAACCACUUCGACCUCAUCAUCAUCUGGCACCACCACCAGCACCACUUUAGGCAAAGUUCCAGUGUUACGUGUGAAAGAGUAUGAAUCUGGUCGUGGAAAAAGUGACGAAUACUUAAAAUAUUCGACUCAAUCACGUGUUGAAUUACCAUCCAGCGACAAACGUAAAUGGGACACCAAAGAAACCGAAAAAGCUACGCAUUGCCAUCAAUGUGGUUCAUCUGUGACAGAGUCUGUGUGCAAACAAUGUGGAUCACAUCAACCACAAUACAUUGAAUAUGUUCAAGGCAAAGCAGUGUCAUAUUAUCCCGGUGCAGUCAGAUCCGAAAGCGGUGAGAAACCAACCAACGAACGUCGCUAUAUCUACGACCGUUAUGGCCACAAAUAUUUGGAAAACAAUGGCAAUCUGCGUUUAAUCACACCACAACAAUAUGACGAAGCCAUUGUUCGAGAUCAACCGAAUUUUCCGGGUUUGGCUGACAUUUUGAAUAGCAAGAAAGACGUUAUCCGGGAAAUGAAUCCAGUACCUGGACGUGUAAUGGCACAACCUGAUCAAUUGGCUAUCGAUGCAAUGGCAUUGAUUCGCGAUAUGUCUUAUCGAAGUGCCGCCAAUAACAACAACAACGAUCAAAACAAACCAGAGAAACGCAGUACCGAUCAAAAUAAAUGGCAACGACAAUACGAACAAAAGACUGAUAGCCGUGACACCAAUAGAGCAUCAACAACAACAAGUGCAGCCCGAAAACCGAAAAAUGAACGAUCACCACCACCACGUAGCAUGUAUCAAGUUGUGCCAAUGCAAUAUGAAGGCAAAGAUGGAAAGCUCGUUGUCCAAGUUUAUUCAUCGAAAAGUGAUAGAACCAAUCCAGUCUAUCAAAAAUACAACGAUGAACGGCGUGCCAGUGAAUCGACAACACCUGCCAAGAGUACCAAUACCGACGACUCGAAACCAACCGUCCGGAAAUUCACCAAAAAUAACAAAGACUAUGAAAUUUUGAGUUUCGAAGACUACAAAAACACUUCCAAUGAAGAUGUUCGCCACAUUUUGGAGCAUUUACAUGGUAAACAAUCGUGGUGAUAAAAAUCAAUUAUUUUUUUUUGUUU